UCUUCUCAAAUACAGAUUUUGAGCAUGACAAGAAUUUCUCUAAAAGGCUUAAUAUAGAGGCUUAAUGUACCUUCUGUAUUAACCUUUGAGAUUUUAUUCAUUCUAUACUAGUAUCUUUCGAGUAUAUGAUGCCUCUGACAUGCAGGGCAGGUUUUCCUACUAAUCAUUUUUUAAGUUAUAUGAAUUUGGAACUUUAUAUGUAUAUUAACAUUUGCAUAAUCUUGGCAUAUGUAAGUGCUACUGACCACUUAAUAAAUAGUAAGUAUUCCAAAGCUAAGCAAAUGAUUCCAUUUACAAUAGCAUAAAAAAAGAGGAGAAUGUUUAGGAGGAGUAAUUUUAACCAAGGAGAUGAAUAAUUUUUACUCUGAAUUCAUAAGACAGCAAGUAAAACUAUUAAAGAUCACAAACAAAAGGAAACACAGCCCAAGUGGGAGAAUUAAUAUCAGUGUCCCUACCUACCCAAAGUAGUCUUCAGAUCCAGUACAUUACUACCAAAGUUCUAGUGACAUUUUUGUAAAACAAAAAAUUUAUCAAAAAUCCUAAAAUUCUAUGGAACCACAAAAGACCCUGAUAAACUGAAACCUAAGCCAACCAUACCUGUUUUCAAAGCAUAUUUUAGAGAUAUGGUAAUCAAAACAAUAUGAUACUGUCAUCAGAACUGAUAGAUUAGGCCAACAGAACAAACUAGAGCUAGCCUAGAGACAAAUGACCACAUACCAAGACUACACAGGAGAAAGGACGUGCAGUAAAUGGUGCUGGGAAAACUAUCCCCUUACAAGGAAGAGGAAAUCAACCUCUUCUUACACUUUAUACAAAACCAAUUCAAAUUGGAUUAAAAACUUACGUGUAAGAUCUGCACCACAAGAACUCUAGACCAAAACAUCUGGCUAAGUCUUUUUGACAUUUGGUCUUGACAAUGAUAAAAACAAACAACCAAACCAAACCAAACCGAACAAAAUAAAAAGAAUCUGAUACCAAAGGCAUAGGCAACAAAAGACAUAAACGAAGUGGGCUGCAUCCAAUUUGAAAGCUUUUCCAAUGCCACAGAAACCAUCAGUGGCUUAGAAAGGUAGGGAAAGGCAGCUUUGAGAGUGGGAGAAACCUUUUCAGAUGUUGUGUUUGAUUAGUGGUUAGUACCCACGACAUAAGAACUCAGAGAACUUACUUGCAAAGCAUGAUCAGCUUGGUCACAAGAUGGCAAAGGACCCGAACAUAUGUUUUCCUCCACAAGAAGACAUGGAUGACAACAGGUGUAUGAAAAGUUCCCAGAUCUGAAUCAAACACACAAAGAUGUAGAACUGCAUACCUCCUGCAAUGAUUGGUAUAUAAAAAAAAGGCAGCUUGGAACAAUUAUUAGUAAAGAUGUGGAUAAGAAAGAACCCCUCCCUGUGCAUUGCUGGUGGGAUUGGGAGUUGUUACACCUGUUUUGGAAAACAGUAAGGAGGUUCUUCAAAAAUCGAAAGUAGAGCUCCUUUCUAGGUAUGUAUCUCCAGGAAAGGGACUGAUUUUCUCAGAGAGAUAAUCUGAACUUCCUUGUUUGUUAUAGCAAAUUCAUAAUAAAAUCAAUGUAAUGCUUGUGUUGACAGAGAUAUGGUUUAAGAAAAUGUGGUGUGUGUGGCUUCCACAAUGGAACAUUAUUAAGCCUUAAAAAGAAGGAAAGCCUGGCAUUUGUGACAACAUGGUCAAUGCUCAAUUUCACUAUUCUACAAGAAAUAAGCCAUGUACAGAAAGAUAUACAGCAUGAUUUCAUAUACAUGGAAUCUAAACAAGACGAAGCCAUAAAAUCAGAGUAGCAUGGGGGUGUUCAUGAGUUACAGGGUAAGACAAAUGUGGAGAUUGCUGUCAAGGGUAUUAACCUUUGUUAUAAGUUCUGGAGGUCUUGAGUACCACAAGGUGAGGUCAGUACAUUUAAUAAUAAUCUACUAUGCACUUGACAUUUUUUUAGGGACUAGAUCUUCAGUGAACUUAUCACACAUGCAAAAAAAAGUAACUAUGUGAGGUAAUGAAUAUGUUAAUUAUCUCAAUGGUGCUAAUCAUUUCACAAUGUGAACAUAUGUCAAAACAUCGUAUUGUGCACCUUAAAUAUAUACACUACCGACUUGUCAACCAUCCAACAAUAAAGAUGUAAGAAAAGACCUCCAAAAUUAGAGCCCAUUGCAUACCAUCCAACAAGACAUAUACUUGGAAAAUUGUAGGAAUAAACAGGGUUUUGAAAGUACACAAUUUACAAGGGCAUCACAAAGGCUCUGCAUUAUUUUCUUUAGGGCAGUGGUUAUCACCCACAGGAUUUAUGACAUGUGACCACAGGUCUUGUUCCCAGUCAUGGGUCAGUUGUCUUAACCGACUCUCUGAGGGCUUGUCAAUCACAUGAGCAGGGAUGACUUAUGAAGCUCAGUAGCUCACCUCUUUGCCCUUCUUUGUGCAACUCAUUUCACAUCUCUGUCCAGUGGACUGAGCCUUUUACACAGACCUCGAUGUGCAGAAUGGGCCCUGCCAAUGUUUGAUGAAUCAAAAUGAACUAUUUGGGAGAUAUUCUGGGAAGAGAACUGAUGUCUCCAGGGCAGUUGUCCUUCUGCCUAUAUCUCAUUGAAGGCUCAUUGAGUGAAGUGUUCACUAUCACUGGAAUGCUGAAAAUAUAGACACACAGAGAGAGGGCCUGCCAGAGGUGAAGAAGUCCUAUCAGAUUUCAAAGUCCAUGUUGUAAAGGUUGUAUGAGAAAUAUCUCAAACUGCCUGUAGUGGAAUAAGUAAUAUAUACAGCUUCACUAUUCUUAUUACUUUGCUGUGUCUCAGAGUAGAUGAUGAAAGCACAUUUAUUGAUUUUUUUCUUUAUGCCAUACUUAAUACAAAUUACACUGGUAUUUUCAAAAGAACAGCAGUAAAGCCCCACACCUUAUCUUUCAGAUGAGCUAUUUCUUGACAUUUAGUGAAGUGACAAAAUGUUCUUUAAGAUUUCGUUCAGAUUAACCAGGAAGGCCCUGAGGACUACAGUGGGCAGCUUGUGCCUAUACAUCACAUUUUCUUCCAGGCUUGCGAUAGGAACAGCUGCGGCUUGUUGCCCCCACUGGAUUUCAUGGGAAUCUGCCCAGUUUCCAUGGUGGACUUUGUCCAACACUGAAGAGAGAUAGAGUUUUACAUUCUAUUACAUUGUAUGGCUUGGCCAACUCACUUUCCCAGUUCCUUCUGACGUCUGUAGCCACCAUGCCAGGUAAAAACAGGAGGCAGGGGGCAGGUACAGUCGGACCUUAGAUAUGGGCUCUUAAAAUGCAUAUCAACGCAAUGGAAAUUUCAAAGCUGUCCUUAUAACCUAGAGGAUUUGAGACUUUUGUGUUGGUCUUAUUGUUUUGUUUUGCAGUCUCUAGAAAGUCGAACUUACGCUGCAUCAUCCAAGGUUUGGCCUUCUCCAGCCCUUAGAAAUGACCAACACUCAUGUACACUCUUCCCUAUUUUCCCACGACUUCUCACAUUUCUCUUUCUUUUCAUGGUGUGGCAUUCAUAGUCCAGGGACUUGUCUUCACGGAUAGUGAAAGUGAAAUGUUUUCUUGAUCGCAGUGGAGGAGUUCCCUAGCCAGUCUCAACUCCGCUCAGGGUGUAGAACAAUAGCUGGUAUCCAGCUCCUCCCACUUUCUGGAACUUUUGUAAAAGUUGGAGAGAAUCCGGUGGGGACUCCGUGGUCACCCCAGGAGAUUGUCAGCCACCCCAGAGUUAGAUGGAACCAUCAAGAAUGGAACCUCUCUGCCAAACUGGGGGGCAUUUUCUCUGAUCAGCUCUUCUCCGUGGAGUGUAUCCUGCCAAUGACCUCAGGAAUUUUUUCUUGUCUCUAUGUAAAUUGCUAUCUUUUCAGAGGUGCCUGACAGCCAAGUAUGCAGGGCCUCCAUUUGUACAGAAGCUGUUAUUAUGGGAUAAGUGUAAUGGCUCGUGAAUUUUGUGGAGGAAGGGAGGGUCUCCAGAUGACUUUGUACGAACCAGCCACGGACCUAUUGACUCCACAAGCAGCGCAUUAGGCUAAAUAUUUUUAGCCCAUUGACUCUAGAGGUAAUAACCCUAAAUGCAUCAUUAAAUUUUCAUGGGUGAGUAACAGAAGCUACCAGAAAAAAAAAUCCCCCCAAAACAAGCCACCACAUUAACUUUAUUAUCACCCAGCUGGAGGGCAGGAGUGUGGCCCCUCAAAAGAAGAGCAAACUUUAAAAGCAAGUGUUGCCUCCUCUUCCUUUGCUCUUGGGCACCCGGCUCCUAGGGGGCAGCAGGAGAUUUUCGCACUACACCCUUCCACCUAGCAUUCAAGCCUCUGGAGACAAGUAUGCCACACUGGCCUUGACAAAGCUGAAUCCAAUCUCAAGGUGGAAAAAUUUCCGACUAAUCCAAUUAUUUUUUGCCACUCGGUGUUUCUGAGAUCUUUGUAAGAUAGGACCUGAAGAGCCUUCUUUGGCACAACAGGUUCUAAUUUGCAGGACGGUCCAGGGCCCUGCAUUCUAAGAAUGGAGUAGGGAAAAACAAGUUAACUGGGGCCCGUGUGCCCUCAGGGGCACAGAAAGCUGCCUAGAGCUGAGGAAAUCAUGACAGGUGCAAGACAAUAUAGCCCUGGAAAUGUCAAUAAAAGGUGGGUGAAGCCGGCCCCGGUGGCUGGGAGAGAGCGCCCCCUUCUGUCAAGGGGCGCGGGGCAAGAAGCUCGCACAGCCUCCACUUGGCUCGGCGCCCUCUCUACUUGUGUGCAGGGAGGCUUGGCUAAAAGCAGACGCUGGAGAAACGCAGGAGUCCGGGCGGGAGCUGCGGAGGCUACUGAGGAGCGUGGUCCGCUCUCAGCGCGCCCCCCUCCGCGGAGAACGGCAGGGCGGGGACCCCAGGCUCUCGGCUCCGCUCGGUCUCCACUCCCGGGAUGGAGGACGAGCGCAGGGGCUGGAGAAGCGCGACCGCAAGCCGCGGCGCCCCCGCUCGCCCGCUCGCUGGCUCUUCCUCUUCGUUGUCGCCGCGGCGACUCGGCUGAGCUAUCGGAGUGCGCUCGGGCGGCGCACAGAGCGCCCCGGCGGGAGAAGGAGCCGGAGUGGACCGGCGCGGAACGCGCUGUUGGCCGGGAGCUAGCAGCACUCCGCAAGAGUGAAUGACAUGCACAGCGCGGGGUGUCCUUUCUGAAGGGAGGAGCCUUUCUCUUGGAGAGGAUCCUCGAUGAGCCUGGCCAAGGCCCGGGGUCUGUGUGAAGAGGACUAAGGAUUAAGUAGGAUGUCAACUGAGACAGAACUUCAAGUAGCUGUGAAAACCAGCGCCAAGAAAGACUCCAGGAAGAAAGGUCAGGAUCGCAGUGAAGCCACUUUGAUAAAGAGGUUUAAAGGUGAAGGGGUCCGGUACAAAGCCAAACUGAUUGGGAUUGAUGAAGUGUCCGCAGCUCGGGGAGACAAGUUAUGUCAAGAUUCCAUGAUGAAGCUCAAGGGUGUUGUUGCUGGCGCUCGUUCCAAAGGAGAACACAAACAGAAAAUCUUUUUAACCAUCUCCUUUGGAGGAAUCAAAAUCUUUGAUGAGAAGACAGGGGCCCUUCAGCAUCACCAUGCUGUUCAUGAAAUUUCCUACAUUGCAAAGGACAUCACAGAUCACCGGGCUUUUGGAUAUGUUUGUGGGAAGGAAGGGAAUCACAGAUUUGUGGCCAUCAAAACAGCCCAGGCGGCUGAACCUGUGAUUCUGGACUUGAGAGAUCUCUUUCAACUCAUUUACGAACUGAAGCAAAGAGAAGAACUGGAAAAAAAGGCACAAAAGGAUAAGCAGUGUGAACAAGCUGUGUACCAGACAAUUUUGGAAGAGGAUGUUGAAGAUCCCGUCUACCAGUACAUUGUGUUUGAGGCUGGACAUGAGCCAAUCCGUGAUCCUGAAACAGAAGAAAACAUUUACCAGGUUCCCACCAGCCAAAAGAAGGAAGGUGUUUAUGAUGUGCCAAAAAGUCAACCUGUAAGUAGUAGCCAGCCAUUGGACGAUUUUGAAGAGCGCUUUGCUGCAGCCACGCCGAACAGAAAUCUGUCAGUGGAUUUUGAUGAGCUUCUUGAGGCAACCAAGGCUGUGACCCAAUUAGAACUUUUUGGAGACAUGUCCACCCCUCCUGAUAUAACCUCUCCUCCUACUCCUGCGACCCCAGGUGAUGCCUUUCUCCCGUCGUCAUCCCAGACGCUUCCGGGGAGUGCAGAUGUGUUUGGCUCUGUGUCUUUUGGCACUGCUGCUGUACCCUCAGGUUAUGUCGCUAUGGGUGCCGUUCUCCCAUCCUUCUGGGGCCAGCAGCCCCUCGUUCAACAGCAGAUCGCCAUGGGUGCUCAGCCGCCCGUUGCUCAGGUGAUGCCAGGAGCUCAGCCCAUCGCAUGGGGCCAGCCAGGUCUCUUUCCUGCCACCCAGCAACCCUGGCCAACUGUGGCCGGGCAGUUCCCGCCAGCCGCCUUCAUGCCCACACAAACUGUUAUGCCUUUACCAGCUGCCAUGUUCCAAGGUCCCCUCACCCCCCUUGCAACCGUCCCAGGCACGAAUGACUCUGCCAGGUCAAGUCCACAGAGUGACAAGCCCAGGCAGAAAAUGGGGAAGGAAAUGUUUAAGGAUUUCCAGAUGGUCCAGCCUCCACCCGUGCCCUCCCGUAAGCCUGACCAGCCCUCCCUGACCUGUACCUCAGAGGCCUUCUCCAGUUACUUCAACAAAGUCGGGGUGGCACAAGAUACAGACGACUGUGAUGACUUUGACAUCUCCCAAUUGAAUCUGACACCUGUGACUUCCACCACGCCAUCCACCAACUCACCUCCAACCCCAGCCCCUAGGCAGAGCUCGCCAUCCAAAUCAUCAGCAUCCCACGCCAGCGAUCCGACCACAGAUGACAUCUUCGAAGAAGGCUUUGAAAGUCCCAGCAAGAGUGAAGAACAAGAGGCUCCUGAUGGAUCACAGGCGUCCUCCACCAGUGAUCCAUUUGGGGAGCCCAGUGGUGAGCCCAGUGGUGAUAAUAUAAGUCCACAAGACGGUAGCUAGAUAGCGCAGGUCUGGGAGCCGGAGCCUCUCUAUGCGCAGAUCCACAGACCCAAGAAAUAGCAUCAAUGCGAGCUCCUGGUGGGUGCUUCAAGACUGGCAUGGGAAUCAGCAGUGCAGCAGGCUCUCUUGUACCCUCACCUCAUCCCACAGAGAAACUCACCAUCACCCAGUGAAACUGUCCGAAGAGGGAACAGAGUGGUUUUUGGCAACCGAUAGAAAUACCUAUGGCAGCACAAAAAAACAAAAAACAAAAAACAAAAACAAACAAACAAAAAAAAA